AUGAAACUUUUGCUUCAACAGAGUUCCAUACAAUUAGCGGGUGAGCCACCAACAACCGCGAACGCUACUCCGAGUCGUGAAGGUGAGAAGAGCUUAAGCUUCCUUAGCGAUAAGCACGAUGAAUUGAUUUUGUUUAGAACAAAUGCAAUGGCCGAACUAGAGCGACUCGGUAAGAAGAUUGAAGCUGUUAAUGAAAAAGUCAAAAACAUCAGUGAAGCAAUAGAAAGCAUGGAAAAUUACAGCUACCAAUAUAAUAUAAAACUUGUUGGAUUCCCUGAACUCUACGAACAUGAAUCGGCGAAUGACACCGCGAAACUGUGCCUCGAAAUCUUUAAAGCCAUCGGCGCAAGUGAAUUGACUGGUUAA